AUGAAACUUGACGAUGCUGUCGAUUAUUAUUCACAGGCGAUAGUAUUACUAAAAGAAUUUGAUUCAACUAAUCAUCUUCAAAUUGCAACCAUUUUCUAUUUGAUUGGAACUACAUUGAAUGAACAAGGAUCUUUUGAUCGUGCAAUCGAGUAUCUUGAACAAUGUUUAAAAAUCAGAGAAGCUAGUCUUUCUCCAGGAGAAUCAGAUAUUAUGUUAAUUCUAUCAUGUCUUAGUGAAACCCACCAAGCUCGCAAUCAAUAUCAGAUAGCUUUGGCAUAUGAAAUGAAGCUAUUUUUAAUUCGCGAAAAAAGCUUACCACCAAAUCAUGAAAAUAUUGCCCAAAGUUUCUCAAAUAUAGGUAAAUGUUAUGAACAUAUUAAUCAAUUCAAAAUGGCACUUGAAUAUUAUAAACCAGCAUUAUUUAUUUAUGUACAACAUCCAUUAAGUUCAAUUGAACAAGGAACAAUGGAAAAUAACAUUCAUCGACUUUCAACAAUAUUAAAUAACUUAGGAAUUCAAUAA